UAUUUAAAUGUAAUACAAUAACGAAACGGAUGAACGCUCUGAAAUUUUAAUAAUUAUUGUGAGUAAUUGUGGUUAAUAUAAAGACUGUUGACUCGCGGAAUCAAAACCUUAGUGUGAAAGUUACCUUGGCGGAAACGGAACUAAACACAAAAAUGGCAGAGAAUUCUACUAAUACGUCAGAUGGAUCACUUGUUUCUGGAGAAAAUGAUAAAAAGAAUGGGAAGAAACUUAAUCAUUUUGAAAUAAGCCACCCGACAGAUCUUGCUGCAGCAUACCAUUACGAUAAAGUAGUUGGUGUUAUUAAAAAAGAUACCAGUGAUCGAUCUGAUGCCGAAAUACACCAAAUAAUUUCAUGGUUUAAAAAGAAAUCGGAUCUAUUUAAUCAAUUAAACGAAAAAAUAAUUCAUGAUUUGAUUAAAAACUGUUCCUUUACUACAGUAGAUCGUGAUUUUGUGGUAAUCAAACAGGGGGAUAAAGGCGAGUGUUUCUUUAUAAUUCUAAAUGGGUCCGUGUCCAUCCACAUUAGUACUUCAUCCGGAUAUGAAGAUGAGCGAAAAGAAGAAGGAUCGAAAGAAGAACAGGAUGACAAGGGAAAUAAAGAGGAAGGAAAACCCAAAGAGUUGGUUCGAUCUAAGUUUGGAAAAUAUGUUGGAAAAAUAGUCUCUGGUAAAAGCUUUGGGGAACUUGCUCUUAUUAACCCAGAUUGUAUAAGAAAUGCAACAAUUAUAGCAGAUGAAACCACCGACUUAAUUGUCAUUGACCGAGAGUUAUAUAACAGGUCUAUACAUUCAUUCCACACUAAGGAAUUCGAAGAACGGAAGCAUUUUGUCGAAACAAAUCCUUUGUUCGAUGGCUGGCAUCCAAAGGACAAGAGACAAUUGGCAAUGAGUUUACGGAAGGAGAAAUUAACUUUUGAAAGCUAUAUUGUCAAACAAGGAUCCCCAUUUGAUGGUUUACGAUUUAUAUUAAAUGGUCAGGCAAAACUCUACUGUGACCCACAUAUGCAUUCUAUGCAAUAUCCAGAUUAUUACCCUUUACCAGAUGUUGACGAGUUGGAGAAAGAUCAGGUCAGAGAAUCGCUAAGAAGGGAACUUGGUCUUGACACACAUUCACAUAACAAGCACGAUGGGUACAAGCCCUUGGUAACAAAUCUUCAUAAACUAUCUACACAAGACACGGAGAAGAGCGGAACAAGAUCUCCACAUCAACAUCAUAUAGAACUAUGCUUAAUUUGUUCACAGGAGUUAAUAGGUGAUAUGGAAGUUGCUAUGGAUUUAGAUACAUAUUCAUACACUGUGAAUUGUAUACAAGAAACAGAUAUAUAUGUAUUGGACCAGAAAAAUUACGAAAGGCUAAUAGAAAAACGAAAUCCAAAAGUUGUUGAGAAGAUCCGAAGUUCAGUGCUAGAGAAAUUUUCACUUAGACUUUCUUGGAUCCAAGAUAAGAACGAUCUUCCCUUGUUUCGUUAUUUACUGUAUAAGAUUGAAGAGUCAAGGCGACAGAAAAAGUCAAAGAAGAGAUUAUGA